AUGGCCCCGCAAGGCCAGAAGCUGUAUCUUUCCAGGGCCUUCCUGCUCCUGUGCCUCCCAGGCUAUUUCACUUUGAGCAUCCCCAGGGUGUUACAAGGUGCAGUGGGAGGGACGCUGUUGGUGACGUGCCGGUACAGUGAGGGAGAGGAAGGCCACAGGAAGUUCUGGUGCCGAGGGGCCAACUGGAAGGACUGUGUUCGGGUCAUUGAGACGACACAGGCAGAGAAGGAGGUGAGGCAUGGCCGAGUGACCCUCAGAGACAUCCCCAGAGAGCACCGUUUCCUCGUGACCAUGGAGAACGUGGAGAAGGGAGAUGCGGACACUUACUGGUGUGGGGUAGACAGGCCCACAAGUGGCCCCCAGGACCUGGUGGCAGUGACUGUUUUUCCAGGCUCAGGGACAGUUGCAGUGAGCACUUCUGAGACGUCGGCCAGCACAAGAGCCCUGGCCAUGACCAGCCACAUGCCCAGCCCUGGCCUCCCUGCCUGGCCCCUCCUGAUCUCUGCAAGCUUCCUGUUCCUGGUCCUGCUGAAGGUGGUCCUCCUUCUGGGCUUCAGCUAUGCUGUGAUCUGGUUGGCCUGGCUUCAGCGUCGCCUCUGA